CCCCCCGUCUUUGAAGUGAAGCCAAGAGUGCGAACCGCUCCCAGCCUGAGGAACUCCUCCCUCCAGAGCCUGUCCUGUGACUCAGUUUCUGGCUCCGUGGGUUCCAGGGACUCCGAGGGAUACCUGGAUUAGAGCAGCAAAACUAAUAACCUAGUCCUGCAUCAUGGGAAACCAGUUCACCGAGAUCGCCCCCAACACCCCCUUCUUACCCGGAUUCCAGUCUCUGCAUGUGGUUGUGAUCGGUUUGGACUCGGCAGGGAAGACCUCGCUGCUGUACCGACUCAAGCUGAGGGAGUUUGUGGACACCAUUCCCACCAAGGGCUUCAACAUGGAGCGGAUUAAAGUGCCCGUGGGCAACACCAAGAGCAACAGCACCACGUUCCAGGUGUGGGAUGUGGGCGGUCAGGAUAAACUCAGGCCCCUGUGGAAGUCCUACACCAGGAGGACGGACGGGCUGGUGUUUGUGGUGGAUGCCGUGGAGGCAGAGCGUAUGGAGGAGGCCAAGGUGGAGCUCCACAGGAUCACCCGGGCAGCGGAGAACCAGGGAGUCCCGGUGCUGGUCUUGGCUAAUAAACAAGACCUGGACGGAGCCAUGUCAGCGUCGGAGGUGGAGAAGGUCCUGUCGCUCCAUGAGCUCAGCUCGUCCACGCUGCACCACACUCAGGGCUGCUCCGCUCUGGACGGUCAGGGUCUGCAGCCCGGCCUGGAGAAACUCUACGAAAUGAUCCUGAAGAGGAAGAAGAUGCUGCGGCACAGCAAGAAGAAGAGAUGAAGGAGCACCAGGGGGAGACGCCAGUGAUCUGGACCUGGACCAGAACCAGAACCUGUGUCUGUGACACCUUUGAAAACUAAAAAAUGAAAAAGCAGAAGGAAAAUCUGCCACAGCUGAAAACAGCUGCAGUAUCUUCAGCACUCAGCUGCUUCCCUUCCUCACCCCUCCUCCCCCCUCAAAAUGACAACUGACCCGCAGCUCCAGAACCAAUGUGGAGAGAAAACCAGUGCAAUACGUUGACAGACAAUGGCUCCAACAUUGAAGGAAUCUUUUUGUUAAUUGUUGUUGAUGUUGUUGUUGUUGUUGUUCUUCCACCAAAACUCUGCUGGACUUUUAUGUUGCAUGAAAGAGAAAAAAGUAGAAGAAAAAAGAAACACUUUUGUUGAUCAAAAGAACGUUUGUAAUCUCUUAAUUUAGUUUGAGAAGAGUCUUCACCUGGACUAACUGAAGACAAACUGGCACCACUUUGACCUUUACACACACACACACACACACACCUUGUUGUUCACCCUCUGUGUGUGUGAGUCAGAGAUGGUUUGUCAACUUUUACAUUCUGUACAUAUUGUUUCCUAACGUGUCAGAAAGCGAAUAAAUUAUUGAGCAACUUUGGCAAAAA